CGACCUACGAACAGUCGCAAUCAGCGGAUACGAGAGAACGAAGGCAUUUAGGGACUUUGCCAUGCCACAGACUUCUUUAGCAAUGGACCCAAGCCUUGACGAACCCGUUAAGGAAGCGUGCAAAGUUGCAGCACGGAUGGACUUGGCGCAGCUGGUGGAGACGCUGGAGCGCGAAUUAGAGCGUGACCCCCAACUCGCUAUUAAGCACAAGCCUAAAAUCCAGCAACUGCUCGAGGACUUCCCAGUCAACAUGGAGGAGCUGCAGCGCUUUGCGCACUUCGAUCCGUCGCGAAACUACACGCGCAACCUCAUCUCGACAGACAACGAGACGUAUGCGCUCAUGCUACUGUGCUGGAAUCCUGGCAAGUAUAGCCCCGUGCACGACCACCCCACUGACGGUUGCUGGGUGAAGAUAAUUCAAGGUCAUGUGAACGAAGUGCGCUACGAAAAGCAAAAUGGCAAACUCGUCGAGACUUCCAACGUGGUAUUCACAUCAGGCGUCACUUACAUGGACGACUCGUUUGGAUUGCACAAGGUAGGCAACCCGCACCCGGAGAUCAACGCCAUUUCGAUGCACCUAUACUCUCCUCCGUACGAGAAGUGCAGUGUCUGGUUCGACACCGAGAACGCCGACAAGUCCUCGGUGUCUGUAGCAAACUACUACACAGAGUACGGCGACAAGGUCGAGUACUCUUAAGUCAAGCAAACCAAGUCAGAGGAAAGCAUCAUGGCACAUAUAUUCUAUAUUACGUCUAUGUUCUACUAAGAAGCAUUCUCUUUCAGCGU